AAUUGUAAUAAUUUAAAAUUUCAGAUAAGAUGAAGGGUUCGUCAACCACAGCUUUACUACUAGGCUGGAUCUUUGUGGUCGCUAGUUCAGAUCCAGCAUAUAACAGGAAUACAAGACGAGCUAUUCCCCUUGAGCUCUACAGAGACAGUGUAGAGCCUGCUAAAGGAGGAAAGAUACCUGAAUCAGCACAUAUGAGACAUGAGCUGAAUCUCCUUGAUGCUGCUGGACUAGAGGGGGGAGAAGGUCAGCACAUGAUGGAACACCUCAUUGAUAAUCCUCCUUCCUUAGACCUCCCUUCCUCAACCUACUCAGAGUCUUACUCUGAUAACAAUAACGAUAACGAUUACGAUUACGAUUACUCCUCAGGAUAUUCCCCUCCUCUAAAGCUAAAGCCUGCCUAUGUUCCUGAAUCUGAAAGCAAAGAUCCUUAUGAUUCCUCUCCAUAUUCUGCCCAACCUUAUGAACCCAAUCCUUAUGCUCCUGCUCCUUACGUUCCUGAACCCUAUGCUCCUGCUCCCUAUGAACCCGCUCCGUAUAAACCAUCAAGCAGCUAUGAACCUGCUGCCUAUGCUCCACCCAAGCCUGAGUAUCACGCUCCUGUUGGUCCCGUCCUACUGGAGAAACGUCCCUAUGAAGUAGAAUCUGUCAAACCUCUGCCGAUCACUGUAUCUGAAACCUACACUAGUUUUGACUGUAGAAAGGUUCCCUACCCAGACCGUCAUUAUGCAGAUCCUGAGGCAGGUUGUGAGAUUUAUCACUUCUGCCAUGCUGAUGGAAAGCAGGAUAGUUUCCACUGUGGAUACGGAACCAUAUUUAAUGAAUAUAUUGGAACCUGCGACUACAAGAACAACGUGCAUUGUGGAGCAGAGAAAUCAGCCGGAUAUGCUCCAGCCCCGGCUUCCUAUGCUCCUGCUCCCUACGCUCCCCCCAAAGCGUCCUACACUCCCGCCCCUGCACCGUACGCCCCAGCCCACAACUCUUUCCAGGAUUCUUUUAAUGAUUUCAAAUCUUUCGGGUUUAAUAAGUAAUUAUUUAUUAUUCCUGAUUUACCUGAAUUCUCGUAUAAAUUGUAGAUAUUGUAUUAGCUAGAGAAACCAUGUUUUCUCUGUCUCUAGUCUAGUAUUAUACCUUCAUAUAAACAUUAGUGUCAUAACUACAGACAGAAAUCAUUCAGGCCUUAAAUCUCAAUCAUGUAUCAUUUAUUUUUAUUUAACUAUUUAUUUGUAUUUAAUGGAUGUUUUGGCUGACAGACAAAAUAAAACCAAUACUUCUA